UACGAGUUUCUCAUUCUCUCUGUUCUCUGUUCGCAGCUUACAAACACCAUGAAGACUCUCCACCUUCUGUUGCUGAUAUCUGGCCUCCUCUCCGUGUUGGUCAAAGGUGUUGGCAGUCACCCUGGUACAGUUCAUGUCAGGUUCAAAUGUAUACCCAAAAUAGCAGCUGUUUUCGGCGACAAUUGCCCUUUCUAUGGCAAUGUGGAUGGUCUCUGUAAUGAUAAGAAAUCUGUAUGCUGCAUGGUACCUGUGAGGCUGGAUAAUAUAUAGAGCACUGAAGCCAUAUGAAGAAUAUUUUACCAUUGUUUCAAUAAAGUGAAUAAAAUCUGCCCACUCUUUGAACCAGAUUUCUGCAAAACAA